AUGGAUCAAAAUUCUUUUUAUAUUAGAUGUUAACGUAAGCAUUUCUUUAAAGAUAAACAAUAUCAUCUUUUAAUUUAAGAUGAUCGCAUAUAAAUAUCAGAAGUAAGAAAACAUUCACACUAAAAGAGUCAGUAAACUUUCAAUAAUCUAAGUACCUCCAUGAUUUAACAUUCUAAAAUUUAGUUUUUUGGAAAACUGAAUCUAACUAACUGAUUGCAUUUGGAAUUAAAUAUAAUAAAGAACUCAAAUGGUUUCACGCUGAUAAAGCCGACCUAGAAGCUUUGUAUAGAAAAUUACAUGCUCUUAUAUUCUUUGGGAAUAUAUCAGCAAUAUAUGAGAGUAAAGAAUUACUUGGCUCUGGUGCAUCAAGUAAAGUAUAUAAGGUUGUAAAUAAAAUAACACAUUAUGAAUUCGCUUCAAAAUGCAUUAGAAAAGAUUAUAUUUUUAAAAGAGAUGAUAAAGAAAGAUAUGUAUGAAAUUAAAAUAAAAAAGAAUCGUUUGCUCCAAGAAAUUGAGUUAAUGAGAUUAGUCGAGCAUGAUUCAAUUGUAAAAAUGGUUGAUCUUUAUGAAGGAGAAAAGUCUUAUUAUAUUAUAAUGGAAUUGCUAAAAGGUGAAACAUUAAACUCAUUCACAAAAAAGUCAUAAUUGAACAUUUUUUAAAUAAAGGCUAUAAUGAGUGUAUUAAAAUUAUAAAUCAAUUAGAGAUGCUUGAAAGCAUUAUGUUAUUUAAAUCUACUAAAUAUUAUACAUAGAGAUUUAAAAUUAGAAAAUUUAGUACUUUUAGAACCUAAUAAAGUAGAAACAGUGAAAAUUAUAGAUUUUGGAUUGGCUAUCCCUUUAUCAACACCUCAUCGUUAAUUAUGUGGAACUCCUGGUUAUAUUGCUCCAGAAAUGUUUAUAGAUAAAUAUCCAUAUACUACUAAAGUUGAUAUGUUUAGUUUAGGUGCAAUAUUUUAUAAGCUUUUAAGUAGAAAAUCAUUAUUUAGUGGAAAUAAUAGCGAUGAAAUCCUUGAAAAUAAUAAAAAAUUUAAGUGUAAUAAUUAUUUCAAGAGUUGUUCCAAUGAAAUUUUGGAUUUGUUAAAAUAAAUGUUAUAAAAAGAUCCAAUUAAAAGAAUUUCUCCAGAAUAAGCCCUUUUACAUCCAUUUUUCGAAGAAUCCAUUUAAGGUAUAUCUAUAAUAAUGUAACUAUAUAUUUAGGAGACUUAGGUAUUGCAGAUGAAAGUCCCCACGAAAUAGUUAGAACAUUUCCACAUAUCAAACCUAUGUAGAUAACUAAUUCUAAUGACAAUAUUGGUGAUAUAAAGAUAUAAGUUAUUAGAGGUAGUCAACAAAGUUUUGAAUAAAGUUUAGGAUCAAAUUACUUCCCUUCUUUUGAUGAUAUUAAUAAAAAAUCAAGAAAUGGCAGUGAUCACAUUAUUGAAUGA